UUUGCCUAAAUUUUCAUUUACUUAAAAUAAAAUAAUGCUCACUUAGAUGAUGUCGGGUAGGAUUUUUGACGUGGUUUCGAGGCGAAAAUUUCGAGAUUGAAUUGAUUUCUUGAAGAUGGAAGAUCCAGCAUGGGAUGGAAGCAACCGAGUUAUUUAUGAAAAUAUGUGGAGAUGAAUACUAAAAUUAUUACUCAUGGUGAACCAGGGAAAUUACUAGGCAACACAAGAAGAAAUUGUCCAUAUCAGGUUUCCAAAUUGUUCAGUGACAUGGAAGAUGCUGACUACGAUAUACAGGCAGCCAAACGACUACAGAGGAAAAACAACGGGUACAAAAUAAAAAUUACAGUUAUUCCAUGGUAUUCAUGUGUUUGUUAUGUUUGUUAUUUCAAAUAAACAUGAUAAUAG